AAGGCUGCGUGGUUGCUUCGGCUUGAGGAUACGUGAGGUUAAGCAGCCAUGGGAUCUCGAGGCUUGUUCGAGAGAAGGCUGGAUUAGACAGAACACGUUCGUGUUCUUCUUGAAGAUGGCUUAUUCACUCAACCUUAGGCCCAGACCGCUUUGUUCCUGCUUCGUAGAAUCGGUUGAAGCUACCUUCCUAUAAUAUUCUCCUCUCUUGCCUGAUAUGUGGUAAUCUACAGGGUCCACCUGCUCUAUGGCAGCCGUCCAAGUCCAAGGCAUCGGAGAGAGAGAAGGUUUGGGGUGAUCUAGCUCUGCUCUUGGGUGGUUCGGCUCUGCUGAUUCCACCCACUUCUAGGUGUCCUUCUUUUGCUCGAUUACAGAAUCGAGGCUCAAGAAGGAGGCCACUGCCACUUGAAGUCGAUGCUAGGCAGGGAGGGUGUUGGCUAAAGAUCCAACCUUUUCACCUACACCGCAAAAGGUCUUUCGCUCCUCUAAUGGCAACUUUGACUUCCUUUGCCUCUUACCACUGGGCGUCUAUGCGACUUUCGCUCAUUUUUUUUGCUUCCCCUUCAUUGGAGGGUUCACUCGUUUGUCUCGCACCUACUCGCCUCUUCCACCUCCAGACGCCGUCUAUUCCAUCCUCGGUACAAGGUGACCGCGGAUGGCUUCCUUGCCUUUCUUUGAGGACAUAUACGAGGUCAGAUCCUCCUUCUUCACCUUCCGAAUACCUAUCUUCUUCCAACCUUCCUUUCUACUGGCUGUUGUCUCCCGGCCAUUCGUGGUAAGCGUUUUCUGGCUCGCCCUUCCAUACUCUCUUCAAGCCUUCUGAGAAAGCGACUUUGGCAUCUCGCUCUGUUACAGUACUGACUUAAGCCAAAAGGUCGCUCUUUCCGUUGCUUCUCUCCUCAUGAGCAUCUUUUAGCAUUCAUUCUCGGGAUAUUACACAAUUUCCAGCAAGUAUAGCACCACGGAGUCGAGUCGAGUUCAGCGGGCCGAACACGGCGCAAUCGACAGCAUGACAAUCCCGGGGGCUCAGCAUCGCAAGAGACAUGCGAGCGAGUCUGAGAACAGCAUACCUGGAAGAAAGCGGGCCAAACACUAUGUUCCUCCUCGUUUGGCCGCAUUCGCGGCAGCAUCUAAGCGCCUGCCGAGAUCGAUUGACAAACGACGACCGACUCGAGUUCUCCGGGUGAGGGG